GCCAAGUACAGCUUAAAACGCUUUAAGACGGUGGCAGCAUGAAUUCACGCACGGUAACAGUCCGACGUCUAGGUCCCACAAAUAUUCCUAUAUCUACCCACGAGGCGCCCUUUUCCUCCUUUUUCAAGGACGCUCAUCUUCCAUUUGCAGGAACAUUGAUUCGCCGCAGCCCCCAUCUCAUCAUCAACUUGCAUUAAGGGCAAAAUGGUGAACGUCACCUACGACGCUUCUGGAGACCUGAUAUCAUCUACUGGAACUGUGUUUAAUGAGGGCGAUAUUGCCUGGACAUUAGCAUCAACCGCCCUAGUAUGGAUCAUGAUACCUGGGGUUGGCUUCUUCUACUCCGGUUUACUCAGGAGGAAGAAUGCUCUCAACAUGAUCUACCUCAGUAUGAUGACCAUCGGCGUGGUCUCCUUCCAGUGGUUCUUCUGGGGCUAUUCUCUAGCUUUCAGCGAAACUGCAAGCCCCUACAUUGGCAACCUCAAAUACUUUGCAUUGCAAAAUGUACUUGACCAGCCUUCUAUCGGUAGUGCCAGAGUACCGGCCAUUGUAUUUUGUGUAUUCCAGCUUAUGUUCGCUGCCAUCACUCCCAUGAUCGCCAUUGGUGCCGUUGCAGAACGCAGCCGUUUGGGUCCUCUCGUUGCAUUCGUUUUCGCUUGGUCUACACUCGUCUAUGAUCCUAUCGCCUGUUGGACAUGGAACUCCCAAGGUUGGUCCUACGUCCUUGGUGGCCUUGAUUUCGCUGGUGGUACCCCAGUGCACAUAUCCUCUGGUACUGCCGCACUUGCGAUCUCACUCUACCUUGGCAAACGUCGGGGAUAUGGCACGGAGCGCCUCGCCUACAAGCCUCAUAACACAACUUAUGUCAUUCUGGGUACGGUAUUUCUAUGGUUUGGCUGGUUCGGCUUCAACGGUGGCUCUGCCCUCUCCGCAAACUUGCGUGCAACUGAGGCGUGCAUUGUUACCAACCUUGCGGCAAGCGUAGGCGGUUUGACUUGGAUGUUCUGGGAUUAUCGUCUUGAGCGCAAGUGGUCCGUUGUCGGUUUCUGUUCUGGGGCUAUCUCGGGUCUCGUCGCCAUCACUCCUGGUUCGGGCUACGUGGGUUCUCCGGCUGCUGUUUUGUUCGGCUUCAUGGCUGGUACCGUCUGUAACUUUGCUACCCAGCUCAAGUUUAUUUUCAAGUUCGAUGAUACGCUCGAUAUCUUCGCAUCGCAUGCCAUUGGUGGUAUUGUUGGCAACAUCCUUACUGGUCUCUUUGCUCAAGCAAGCAUUGCUGGUGCUGAUGGUAUCACUAUGAUUCCUGGAGGCUGGCUUGACCACAACUACCGUCAACUCGGCAUUCAACUUGCAGAUUCUGUCUCCGGGCUUUCUUACUCUUUCGUCAUGACUACCAUUAUAUUGUGGAUUAUGCACUAUAUUCCCGGUCUCCGGCUCCGCUGCGACGAGGAGACCGAGAUCCUUGGUGUCGACGAUGCGGAGAUGGGCGAAUUCGCAUACGACUAUGUUGGUAUUGAAACCGAGCUCAUUCCCCCGCAGCACACCGCCGCGACUACAUCGCAGAUAAGCGAGGAGAAGGAUCCGAAACAGCUUGGUGGGGAGGAGGAUGUUAGCCGUGUACAGUGAGGUCGUGCACAGGCUGCAUUGUGGAAUUGGGGUUGGGGAUAACACGACUGCAAGAAAGUCUGUCACUCAUUUCAUCAUAGUUUUUUCUCUUGUUGCAUCCUAGCGUAUUUACUACAUUUCUGUAUGUUCUGAUUGUUUAACAGUAAUGUACGUGCUAUUUAGAUAUCCGGACUUUUUCUAGUCACUUCUUGAUGGAUUGACGUGAAAGUAUGCCCCUGUACGGUGGCAUAAUAUUCUCCAAAUCAACUACUUGUUCAUUUAGUGGUACACUGGUGUCAUGUACAUCGAUACAUAUUUCGGGAAAGCAAGAAAGCCGGAGAUGCGGAUUACCACUAAUUGUGGG